AGCAGUUCACCUCACAGUUACCUGAGGGCGUAACAUUUAUGCAGGCCUUCGGUUUGCACUUUGAUACCAGUUUAAAUCAGCGAGCAUUUGUGCCUGUAAAAUUCAGUAUUCUGCCUUUUAUAGUUAGCUGGUUCAGUUGUUUUGAACCAAUCUUCUCAGUAAUAUAGUGUGAUACAUCUUCCAGUGCAACAGAAAACAUUUUUGCGAGACAUUGCUAGUCUGUUGUUUAGAUGUAGUUAUUUCAAGUGUGUGAAAUUGGUCCUAUAUAUGAGGCAAUAAAAGAGGUUAAGAACGCCCUUUCAACUAUAUAUGAAUCUCACGUCUAGAAAUUGUGCUGCUGUUUCCAUAAAGUACAAGUCUUCUGCUACCGGUGUGUAAUUCAAUUACAUCAUCAAGUCCUCCGAUAAAUCCAGUAUCAUGAGAAUGAACCGACCGAUCAUCUUGGGUUCGUGUAGAGACAUCUGCAGGACGGACAGUGAUUCAUUAGGCUGGUGGCAUGACAAGAAGAAAGGAUGGCGCGCCCUCAGGUGGUUGCUUGUGUUACUAGCAGUGCUGCUCGUGGUCGGCCUCGUUGUGUACUUCCUCGUGAUUGUUUCAGAUAUGAAGGUGAUGACACCAAUACUAACAAAGUCACAAGAAGAUCAUCAGUUGAUUGAUGAGUUAAAAACAGUUAUAUCAGAAGAUUCGCAUGAGGAUAUGGUUGCCUUAGAUGGAGAAGUCAUGUUGGAUAUCGGUGGCAUCACGUACCACGAGGGCCAGUACCAUGUUACCAGACAACCAGGUGUGGACACAACAAAGCCAAUCAGCACUUCACAUCAAGAUUUCAUAGAGAUUGUUCCAGCCCCAAAUUUUGGUAUGACACAGAGUGAUACAUCUGACACAAACAAAGAAUUGCUCUUAAUAUUAGGAACAAACAUACCUCAAUCAAAUGGAAUUUCUUCUACAAGGGAACCAUCUGAUAUUUCAAAUUUGCAAACAAAGAAUUUCUCAUCUACAGAUGAUGCUCAUUUAUUUUAUCCUACAUCUAAACUGUACAAUAAACUUGCAACUGAGCAAGAUGAGCAAGGAAACAAUGGUACUGUAUCAACAACAGCUCUUCCUUUAAUAAGGAAAAGUAAUAGAACCAACAACAAAAUUGUGGGAAAUGAAAGCAGCAGGACUCAAGUUACACCUCCAGUUCGAAGCCCAGUGUACCCCACGUUACCAUCGAGUACUCCAGUGCUACACAACAUCUCCGAGAUUCUACAUCAGAAUGAGUCUGAAAGUUUGUGUUUUUCGCCUCACCUGUCCAUGUGCCGUGGGACGCUGCCGUAUGACCUGACGACAUUGCCACUUAUACCAGGAAUCAGUAAACUAGAAGAUCUGGAUGCAGCCCUGCCAUAUUUUGAAAUGAUUGUUGAGUCUGGUUGCAGCGCAAGAGCCCGGCAGUUUGUGUGUUCAGUUUUAGAGCCUGAGUGUCGGCCAAAGGGAGAUAUAUUGCUACCACCAUGCCAUAAACUUUGUAGAGCUGUUGCUGAUGAGUGUGGAGAAUUCAUCUUGGCAACACUUGAUCUGUCACAAGUUUUCCAAUGUGAUCUGUACCCAGAUACUGACGACCCAACAAAAUGUGUGAACUGGGCAAGAGGAGAGACAUGUUUGGGAAAUGAGUUUCGCUGUCCAGACGGCACUUGCAUCCCAAGUCACUGGCAGUGUGACGGUGCUAAUGAUUGUUUAUAUGCUGCAGAUGAAAUAAACUGCACACAGUGCAGGAAUGGAGAGUUCAGAUGUGACAAAGAUCAUGAGUGUAUUUCACUUAAUUGGCAAUGUGAUGGCCGGCAGGACUGUUCGGACGGCUCUGAUGAAUUCAACUGCCCCACACAGGAAGAAUGUGGGCCUGGUCAGUUCCAGUGUGAGGAUCAAUCUGCAUGCAUUCCCACAAGAUGGCUCUGUGAUGGAUCUAAUCAUUGUAGAGAUAAUUCAGAUGAGAAGAACUGUUCGUAUAUAGAAUGUCAUGAGGAAGAUUUCAAAUGUCGGGAUAGAGGCUACUGCAUUCCAUCAAUGUGGAGAUGCAAUGGGGUCAGUGAUUGUGUUGAUGGUUCUGAUGAAGAAAACUGUACAAUCAUUAAAUCAAGCCAUCAACUGACAGCAAUGCCCCACACAUCACCAUGUCCAGCAGGAGAACUUCGAUGCCUGGAUGGCAGAUGCAUUAUUCUUCAGCAGCUGUGUGAUGGCAAACAGGAUUGUUCUGAUGGUGCUGAUGAGGUUAACUGUAGCAUCAAUGGAUGACUGCAGGAUGUGAUCCCACUCUUAUUAAGUGCAAUUAAAUCUAACCUGCUAGAAAAGCUAAAACAAAGAACACUUAAACUGUACUUAGUGAUAUCAUUGUUAUACACAUGAAGGUUUCUGAAGUCAGGUGACAGAUGAGGCCAAGGUGAAAGAAUUUGUAUUAGGAGCAACAGAAUAAGUAUGUAUCUAUGGAGGUAUGUACAUUCUUCAUAUAUAUCUUUCUAGCACUGUAUUACAUCAGUAGAUACAUUUAUGUGGCCUAUUUUAUGUAUUGAUUCUCAAAGCAGAUAAACUUGUUCUACUGAAGGGAGUAUGAUUAUAAAGAUUAAAUCACAAAAAUAAAUAAACAAUUUUAAAGAAAUCUUCCAUUACGCUCUGUACACUUCAACAUAUAUUCUCAGUUCUUUUGUCUAGGACUUUCCUAUUGAAUCCUCCUUGGAAACUACAGCCUUGUCUUUGAGAGACUUUCUGAAUUCUUAUUCAUAUGGGUAGUAGAACUUUAUGGCUGGACAAUCAGGUCAUUACAAUAUCUCUACCAUCGCGAAAGAAGUAUAGUGCUGAACAAAAAUCCUUGUCCAAGGCAGAAUUUAAACCUCCAGUCUUGGCGUUUUAGCAACAAAAUUCAUACCAGUUCUUCAUCUAUGAUAUAAUUUCUUUCAUUUUCAUUGUCAUAUUCUACAUCAGGUAAGACUUUAAAGGAAGGAUAACACUCAUAUUAAGAAAAUAUUGUAUGUUAAUGUAAUUAAGGAGAUUAUAAUGAAGAUUUCGAAUACAUCCAAAAAUACUACUGCAGUACAUGCACAUCACUUUAAGAGCCUUCUUGGAGAGAGUACAGAGUACUAUUCAUAGUAUAUGAGUAUUUGUGUGUUUUCUGUUAGGUCUGCAGUAGGAAACAGAACACAGAAGUCACAUUUUUUAUAUGUACUAUAUUUUUCACGGCUGACCUAUAUAUAUAUAUACACGAACACAUUUUGGGAAGUUUGUUCAACAUCAUCAUCAGGUAAUUGCAACUGAAAUUAUACAUGUUUUUUAUUUUCAAUAUUAGGGUCAAUGGCCAUGAUUGAACCCAGAAAACUUUGAUUGUUAAAUUUGUAUCAUACUACUGAAAUAUUAUAAAAAUAAAAUGAAGUAUUCCGAGGACUCUGGGUUGACCAUCAGUGGAACGUUUGCAACGUUUCUUGACCCAGUUGUGAACCGCUUUACAUGACAGAUACUUCCCACCAUAAACAGGAAACAUUUCUUUAUGAAGAUCCUUUGUAUUGAAUCCUUUGCCCACAAAAGAACACAAAGAACGUUACUCUCUGGUAGUGUACUCCUCAAGUACAGUCACUAUUUUGACUACUAAAACCAGCCCCUGAACAUGCACAUGCAUGUCUGCUACCUCAACUGUCAUGAAGGUCAUGAAGCUGGACUGUGCUGCUACAUAGAAAAUCUUUUAUGCCCAUUUAAGUUGUUCUACUUCCAUCUGUGACCUAUUAACUGACUCUCCCUCAUACAGUACUGUGGUAUGACCACUGAAAACCAGAAUAGCUUAAUCAGAAGAGAUGUCCAUUGUGAGGCAAUAGCUCGGUAAGCACAUCAUCUCCAUAAUGAUGGUGAUGUCAUGUAACAAUAGGAGAGCUGUGGGAAGUGGUGUUGCCACACAGUCCGGUGCAAGGGGCACAAUGCCGCUACAACGGAACACAUGAUACCAUGUCACCCACAUCAAUCAGAGGAGCGGUGUUUUCUGUUAGGUCCGUGCAGAGGCUAUAUAUGAAGACUUGAGUCCAAAACCUGAACUGACAGAGGACACGUAUAUAGUGCAAAAGGAAGAAUUUUCAAUGACAUGCUAUAUGUGCAAUAUGUACGCUUGACACAGUUGAAAUGAAGCUUAUUCACAACUGACAAACC